AUGGAAGCAAUGUAAGAAUUGGUUUGCCGGUUUUCCGACCUGUCAAGAUACGCUAAUGCUAUAAAAAAGUUGGGUAGUAGUAGUAGGAUCAACGGGUAUAUCGCCUGAAAAGUAAGAUUGUUUUUGUAGCAUACUGUUUUUAAAGGUAUAUAUUAGGUUGUCCGGAAAGUUCUGCAAUAUUUGAGUAGGUAAACUUUGAAAAAUCAGGAAAAAUUUAUUUCUUGACGGAAAGAAAAAAUUCUUUUUUUGUUUGUUUGUUUGUUACCUAAAUUAUUCAAAAAGGUAAGUUACAUAACUUAAUUUCAUUUUUUUGUAUUGUUUUAGGUAUUAGAAAAAAAUGGAAAUCUCGCCUGCGCGUGAUUAUAUGGAAUGAAUUCAAACGCGGAAAUACUGCGGCAGAAACCUUCAGAAUCAUAAACGAAAAUGAGGGUAAGAAUGUUGUGAGUUAUUCUACGGUGACCAGAUGGUUCGCAAAGUUUCGUGUGGACGAUGAGAAGCUUGAAGACAAACCACGUGCAGGAAGACCCAGCAAACUUGACAAAGAUGCCCUGAGGCGCAAGAUUGAAGAUGACCCACAUAUUACAAUCCGGGAGUUAGAAGAGUUACUAAACUGUGGAAAAAGUACCAUUGAUGAUCAUUUGAAGGCAAUGGGUAUGGUCAAAAAGUUGGACAAAUGGGUGCCUCACAAUUUGACUGAUCUGCAAAAAGCCAAGAGACGGUGUGCUUCCGAAAAGCUUCUGCAACGCUGCAAAAACGAAGAAUUCUUGGAUCGAAUUGUAACUAUUGACGAGAAGUGGACCUCGUUUAACAAUACUAGAAGAUCUACAAGUUGGUGUAAGCGUGGAGAAGCUCCUAAGCCCGUUCCGAAGCCAGAAUUGCACGAAAAGAAGCUUAUGGUGACUGUCUGGUGGUGUAGCUCUGGAGUGAUCCAGUACGAUUUCAUGAAACCUGGCCAAAGUAUUACGGCCGACACCUACUGUGCCCAGAUUGACAAACUGCGGCACAAUCUUCCAACAAUGGUCAGAAGGAGGGGUCCGAUCAUUCUGCAGGAUAACGCACGGCCCCAUGCUGCAAAGAAGACCGUGGCAAAAUUCAGGGAACUGGGAUACGAAGUCUUGGAGCGCCCUCCUUAUUCUCCAGACUUGGCUCCAACGGACUUUCACCUUUUUAAACACUUGUCUUCGUUUCUUAAUGGAAGAAUCUUCAAAACUCCGGACGAUGCCAAGAAUGCCUUCAAGAACUUCAUCAACUCCAGAAACCCGGAAUUCUACAAUCGUGGAAUAAAAAAGCUUGUAAAUCGUUGGCAAGACUGUAUUGAUUCAGACGGUAAUUACUUUGAUUGAUUGUAGUUGUUAAUUAUAUUGUUAUUAUUGUUAGUUCAAAAGUGAAUAAAUAUUGCAGAACUUUCCGGACAACCUAAUAAUUUAUGUUUCGGAAACCAUAUUACAGCAAUAAAAUUACUUUCAACACAUGCCAAACAUAUAAUUCGAUAAAACGUUUACAUAUAGUGUUAUUAAUACCAGGUUUAUGGCUUCUUUGACAUUGUUUGUAUCUUUGGGUGAGAGAAAGCUCUUUUCUUUCUCAACGUAUCCAUGGCACAAGUUGGAAGAAGGGGCACGUACGUGUCUACAAUAGCAUGUUUUUGGCAUUAACAGCAUAUUAGUUAAUUAAAUUGUGUUGAGAGUUAAGUAGGUGAUAAACAUAGCAUGUGUAAUUAUAGGAAAUUAAGGUUUGAGUUUUAUGGUUUAUACUUUUAUUUUUACAGAAGCGGAACCAAUUUUAGUUUUAAGGGGGAAGUUUAUUUAAAAAAUGUAAUUUUGAGUUACAGUUUUUUUAUCAACUGUUAAAUUAAAUUUGAUGCUUUUAAAGGUUAUAUCCUAAUGCUAUUUUCUAAAGUGCAGACUGGGUACCUUUCUUGUAAACUUUAAUAGAAGAUUUAUAACAUCAGAUAUUACAUAUUCCACCACAAAGGUGAUCUCGCCCGCGCCUUUUUAAAUUAUGUCAGCGGCAAAAGCAUGAAAAGCAUUUCCGUACGUAGUGGACAACAUUUGUUUGUCCUUUCGCACAUUUCGAAUGAUGUAGAUAUAGUAGAAUGACCGAGAAGCAAAGGUCGUCGCUCGCGAAUACGAAAAGACGGAACGGACUUCAAUUAUAAUAUAUUUGCUAUGGAAACUAUAGUAUAUUCUUUUGUGACAAACUAUAUUACGAUUGUGUUGCGGUUUUCAUAAUUUUUUUGGUAAUAAUGUAAUUUCUUAGCCACGUGAAAAAUGUAUUUAUAUAUUACAGUAAAUGAGGUUAAAAAUAAGAAUUCUAUAUAUACGUUUUGCCACGAAACACUGCUUUGUCUUUACGUGUCAGAUUAUGUAUUCAAUUAUAUCGGCUUAGGAAUCAUGAAAUACGAUUGUUUUUACGUAUAUCGUAUGUUUGUUCAGCUGAAUAAUGCGGUUUAAAUCGUAAGCAAGCGUUAUGUACUUUCAAGACUUUACUUUACGGCAAGAUUUCAAUUGGUCUUUGUUGUGUUUUUUCUAUAAAGUUUCGGACCAGCUGGUGUGAAAUUUAAAAACGUUUAAAAAAUGUCUGGGAAUAAUACUUUUUUUUAUUUUAUAUUAUUUAGAAUUUUUUAAUUUACGAAAACAUAAGCUACAUGUUCGUAGCACGCUUUUCUACAAUCCAGGUGCAUUUUCAAGCCUCUCCAAACGUUUAAAAGUGAAAAGCCGAUUACUAUGAACAAUGUCAAGUUUUUAGCAAACACAAUUCUAAUAUUUAAAUUCUUUGGUUCGCAAAGUAUAUUGAACUUGUUUGACAUAGAUUUUUAAAAUUUUAUUGUUUUUUAUUAUACAUUAUCUUUUGUGGACCUUCCUUCUUCUAGAUUAUCUACUUUUCUAGCCAAGUAUCUACCCUUUGACCAGCCAUAAUUACGUUGGAAACUUAAUGUUUAUUUAUAUUACACAUGAGACAUUUCCCUUGGAAUAUUAUAUAAUGUUUGGCUGAAAUUUGAAUACUUAGAAAACAUUAUGUUAUUCAUUGUGAGUCAGUUUUAUUUGACUAAACUUUUUCGAUUAAUUCAAGCAUUUCCAUUUUAAUGUUUUCGACCUUUUCAAGUUGUGAUAAAGGUGAUGUAAAUGUUAUCAGCGGUUUUACAACAAGUUUUGUCAUUUUAUGUACUUAUGAUUAAUUAAAAAUCUUUUAAAAUAGUUCUAACAUCGUUCUAGACUUGGAAUGUUUCAAUUUGAUUACGCUUUUAUACCUAAAGUAACGUGAACUUUGUUUAUUUGUCUUAUCUCCAAACUGAUAAAAUGAAAUUGGCAUCGUUUACAGAAUUCCUGAUAAAAUUCGGCCCUUCCACUCCCAUUCAGCCCCAAAUGUCUUGUCACAUCAACCUUCGAGUCCGAGCAGUUCUUCCACGUCCGCCGAAGAAGCGGAAGAACGGCGAUUCACGUUGGUGCGACGUUCGGCUUCGUGGAACGCGCAGCGUCGCACCGUGCGUCUGGCACACGAUCCGCUUCCGUCACCGUUGGGAACGCCGAUUGAUGGGAUUGGCAGUUUCGGCAGUCAGUGUAAGUCUUAAAGUUAAAUUUUAAUUUAUGAUUUUUUAAAUUAGAGGUUAAAAAAAUAUAUUUUUUAAAAUUUUAAUUUAAAUUUUCAGCACCAAAAGACAACUCUCAACAGAUUCGAACCAGUUUAGAGCCUUUAUCUUCGGAUGAGUUUAGGCACGAUGAUGACGACUCUAUCUACCACACGGUUCAGAAGACACUAUUUGAAAACUACCAUUCGGUAGCGUACUUAAUCAUUAUUAGUACUGUAAGUUUUUAAGCUUACUUGGUAAUGGGAGGCUUGGUUUUGCUAUUGUCUAUGCUUUUUGUUACCUAAAAACGAAAUUUGACUUAUAAAAGCUUUAUAUUCAUGUGAAGCAAAAUUUAUUUUGUUGUACAAAUUAAAGCUCUUUUUUAGUAUUUAAUAGCGUUUGCUGAAUAUCUAUACCUUCGGUUAAUGGCAUUUGUCCAUCCUGAUGAUAUUGGUUAUUAUCCAUCGUGCCAAAAACACAUUAACGAAACUAUAGUAAGAACAGAGUUCCAUUACGUGUCAGCGACCAUCGUCUUUCUGGUUAUUGGCGCCUUUCAAGUCAGCGUGAGUUCAGUUUCUUUGUGGUUGAUAUCAGAGUACCCACGGGCUCCGGACCUGGAGCUAGAGCUAGGAUUUAUAAAGAUGCUCUGAAGCUAGUUUUGGAUCUUGUUAAAAUUUAGUUUCAAGUAUACAGUGAUUUUACGACUUUUUUUAUAAUUUAUACUUCAAAUUUAUAUUGUAUAUGUUUUAGUGUUUCUUUUUACUCACCAUUUCUGGUCGAUGGCUCACAGUACGGCGGACUUUGAAGCGGUUUAUUAGCAUGGAGGAGAAGCUACGCAACGAAGUAGUGUUUUCCAUAAAACGGGUUAUGUAUCAUACUGUAUUUCCUACUUUUUGUAAGUUUUUUUUUAUUUUUUACUAAAACUUAUCAUAAUAAUUUCUUAGCUUCUGAUAUAAUUUCAUUUAGAAUCUAGAUUGAAGCUUCAAGUUAAACUUAAAAAAUGAAUUAACCGUUUAAUUUUUAGUAGUUUACACCUGUGGCUCAGCAGUGAUAAUCAACGCCAUCUUCUACAUGGUCGGGAUGCGAGACCCGAUUGAAUCGACCGUAUCUCAAGUUGUAAUAUAUUUGUUUGACGCGUGUGUACUUCUUUACUUUUUGGCGUUCCCCAUCGUAUGUCUGGUGUACCAUCCUCAAAUACGAUGUUGUCUGAAGGCUCGCAAUGUUAGGGCUUCUCGGGCUGCUUCAGAGUCUCUGCCCAACCAUGCUACGGCACAUUUGGUUGGAUUCAAGAAGGCGUCUGAAGAUAUCAACGAUCCCACUCAUCUACAGGUUAUUAUUGCUCCGAUUCAAACGUCCGUGUGA